GUACCUUUCAACUUUUUCACCGCGUUCCCCUUCCCUUCGUGCUCAUUAUUAUUUUCUCUAGCGCAUGCUAGCUGCUUGCCAACUCAUACCUUCAUUACUGUUCAAUAAAAGGAUACAUAAAUUAUUCGCCAAUUCAUGGCUGCUCCUACUCAAAUCUUGCCUCCUUGGCUUUCAGCCACUGAAGUUGUCGUCGACGGUCAGACCGAGACAUCCCUCGUAUUUGAGCCUCUGACUUACUUCGGCCCAUCUAUUCCUCUGGGAUCUCUGUUUACCUUUGGCGGCUCAACCUCACCGGCGUCCUUGACGUCAAGUACAGCGACACCCCCUUCUACCUCUUCUUCCUCUGCGACAUCCACUGCGACGCCUUCAUCUACAUCUACAUCUCUUCCCUCUUCAUCUUCCACUGCUACAUCUACCUCUUCAUCUUCUCCUGCUCCAUCUACUUCGUCUUCCACUGCUUCAUCUUCUUCGUCGUCAAUCACCCCUUCGUCCCCUACAACUCCUACUGCCCAAAGUCAUGGUCUCGAAAGAGGUCAACUCAUUGGCGUUAUUAUUGCCAGCAUUCUUGGAUUCAUCUUCCUAUUCGUGCUGGCUCUUUUCUUAUACCUCUGGUGGAAUGCUCGUCGUAAUCGUCGUCGUAAUGGGAACGCUCGCUUUUCUAUGGUUCCACCCUCAGACGAUGAUGACUUGGUAAUCAUUCCGCCCGGCGGCGUCUCUCCAGGGGAAGGCUCUCCUCGGGUAAGUGGUGAAGAGGCCGAUCCAUUCCUACGGCGUCAGUCCGGCAAUUCUGCAACGCAUCAGGCCUCUUCUGUCGCUGGUCCCAGCGCUGACAACGCUAGACAACCACCCUCUACUGACAAUAGUGUCACUUCAUCCACGAAGUCAUCCUCAAACUCCGCGGCGUCAGGAUAUGGGACUUUACUUCAAAAUCCCAGUCUCGGUGUAUUUGUUCCUCAAUUCGAGGAUAGACGCAGGAAUAUUCUAUCACCAGAUGAACUCCGUCAAUUUGGUGAUAUUCCUCCGCAGCAGCAACGUUCACGGUUAUCGACUGUGGGAGAACAGGGUGAAUUAGCUCCUCUGACACCACCUCCCAGGUUGGUUGAUGUCACACGUAGUCAGAGUCGUUUAUCAGCAGUUGACCGUACGCCAUCUUUGGCAUCUCAGGCUAGUGAUGCUGGAGAGGCGACGCUGCUCACCGCCCGGCGUGUACGAGCAGAGGACCUUGGACCUCGACCCGCUCCACUUUCUCCAGGUGCUGAAUCUAGUCGCAAAAGGGACAGCGGGGCCUGGAAAGGUUUGGGCCUCGGAGGGUUAGCUGCUAUAGGCCGGUUGAGUUGGUUCCAAAAUAUCACCGGGAGUUCAUCAUCACGAAGAAAUUCACGCAAUUCGGGUUUACUUCAAGAUCGCGACAUUGAAGCUGGUCGAGCUUUACUCAAUGCUGAACCCGGAUCUCCUCCCGAAAUGUCUGAGCUUCAGGGGCCUCGUUUCCGUGGUCAAUUAGGCCUUGGUGUAGGUUACGCGGGAGACAGACCUGUCUCUGGUACCAGUGCCAACAGUCGCCCAUCAACCAUCUAUCAUGAUGCUCAAUCAUCUUUGCCUGGUACACCUUUAGUAAUGCCGCCACCUCGUGCAAUGGCCAAUUCAGGUUCCGCAGAAUUUGGCUUUUGGCCACAAACCGGCACUGAAACUGCUUCCAGUAUGACUGCUGUUGCUCCAGGACGCUCACAGGACGGUCAAACAACUGGUACACAGUCCACAUCAGCUAGUACAGGUAAUCAUACAACUGGGGAUGUUUUGGAUAUGCCAGCUCCACGAGGUAUCUCCCCGUUCGCUUCAUCCCACUCUGUACGGGAGGUGGGCUCAUUAAGCAGUCAGGGUAGUCAGGGAAAGGCGGAAUUUCCUUAUCCACCGGGUCUUACCUCUUUUUCGACCCCGGGUGUGUGGAACGAAACAGUCGGGACUACCCCUAGUCCAGGUUCAUUUGCUGCUGUUCCCACUCUUGCUCUUGGUGCAGAAAUUGGCCUUGAUGUAUUAGAGCAGGAACCACCCAGCCCUGGUAGUAGUUGGAGAUCUAUGGCGGGUGGUAACCUUGGUCAAGGCGGUACACGCAGAACCACCUUCGGCUUGUUUGUCAAUCCUCCCGAAUUGUAUUCUGAGCAAGGUUCUCUGCAUUCUAUGCGCUCACAUCUUAGUCCAGUGAACUCGCGUUCAAGCGGUUCAGCUUCCGUUUCACGUCGCGAAAAAUCCGGCUCAACUGGUUCUGCCUCGUCGCGUCCUUCUGCUCGCUCUGCCGCACGUUCUAUCGUUUCUGGGAGCGACGGCAGCGGUGCAUCCUUGGCUCAUUCCAACAGUAUUUCUGCUGACGACCGUCGCAAGAACAGGGCACAACCACCGAUGUCUCCCGCCUUUUCCGUGUUUGGCAAUAACCCACUACCAGCGUCGAGUUCUGGGCACAGCCAUCAUCCCUCCUUGGACAGUCCUUUGUCAGAGGAGUCUGUAGAUAAAUUACUGAAAAUAUCAACACCUAUCGCUGAAGUUUCUACCGUUGCCACUUCUUCGGAAGAUAGAGGACAACUUUCUCUUCGAAGCCCACGGAGUCCAUUAUCCUCAGUUCCUUGGGCCGCUGGUUUGAAUGAUGCCUGGUCGCCUUCAUGACCCCCCCUCUAUGAUGAUUUGAUGGACAUUUUUCACGACAAAUUUUCUUGAUGACCGGUUUACUACCUGUUCCCGCCUGCGACACCAUCUUCCACCUAUUUCGCACAUCCUACAAUUCUUACUUUUUGACGAAGCACACAUUCAAAUGUUGAUCCUUGCUUUUUGUGAAUACAUUGAAGUAGUUCAUGUACAUCGCGAAUCCUAUCAUCUCGUCAUUGUCCACUGCACCUCAGUA